CUGAUAUCCCGAAAGUGCUAUACCAGCUCUGGUCUCUUUAAGCUGCGGAAGCGGUACCACUUUCCAGGUACCGCCCCGACCUGCGCGUCGCGCAGACGCCCGCAGCGUGCCACACUUUCAGCGACUCCUAUCCCGAAGCAGCGCAUACAUAUACAGCUGGCAUAACUGGACUGUUGGGACGACCCUCAGAUACCGGGUUCAACCGAUUCUUGUCUGCACCAUGUUAAGCUCUCCCCUAGACCGCGUUCCAAACGAAAUCUGGUUCGACAUCGGCAAACUUCUUCGGCGCGAUCGACCCACCCUUCUGAGUCUGUCACAGACCUGCAAACGUCUGCGAAGCUUGACCAUCCCCAUCCUUCUCUAUCAUGUCGAUUUGGACCUUAUUGAAUCACCUGGUCGCGCCGCGUCUCUCCUUGCUAUGCUUGGAGACGAAAGCGAAGCUGGGAGAUUUGUUCGCCGGAUGCACCUGAGAAUAUCUGUGCUGCUACUACCAAAGGAGAUCUGGCGUCUGCUCAAAGUCAUCGCCGUAGAAGAUCUUGUGUUGUCUUCGUCAAUCAUCUCCAAAACGUUCUUUGACGCGAUCUUGGCGAUCCCAUCCCUGCGGAGCUUGGCCAUCCAAAGCUGCACCAUAUUUCCCAAGGACCGCAUCCACACUGCGGUGGCCGACAAUCGCUGUGGCGGCAAACAACUCGUGUCACUCGAGAUAUCGUGGCAGGAAACGUCCCGCACCCCAACGUCAGCCGCAAUUCUGUCACAUGUCAACGUAACAAAUCUUCACAAACUCAGUUUGGAUGGCGCCGCUUACAACAGUUCCGCUGCGCUCGAUUCCUUGCACAUCAUAUCUGGAACCUGCUUAACGUCCCUCCGCUUUCCUCUCGUCGAACGUGCUUCGCAGAAUGGGGAUCCUUACCUACUUCUGCACGAUACCCUGAUUAACCAAUCGCACAUUCGGUUGCUUCACCUUCACCCUAAAGUCCAUAUUUCCUCGAUCCCCCCGGAUGCUCUGCCUUUAUUAGAGGAGUUCAAAGGAUCUUGCGAGCUGGCAGAGAUGUUAGUUCCUGGUCGGCCAGUCACAUGGCUCUCCAUCACAACGACAAGCAAGUUCGGCGAUCAGCAAGGAGAUAUGCAGGAAACCUUCCAAGCCUUUACCAAGUCCUCAAGGCACCUCUUAUUCUUAGAAUUUGAAGAGAUGUACGUCGAUGAAGAGUGGAUAGUGGAUCUCCCCAGAUUAUUCCCACAACUAGAGGAACUACGGGUCCAAUCAACCAAUUAUAUAUCAAAGGGGUUCUUGGGAAACGCCAUGCCAACACAUCUUUCAAAGAUGAAAGCAUGCAAGAGCAUACGCUUCCGUUGCCGAGGGGGCGGCUCACACCCUUUAAAUCUGCUGUACAUGCCAGACGAUGCGAAUGCCAAGUGGGCGGAGCAAACCGUGCUUAGAUGGGGUCAGCGAAAUCCCACAUUGCAAGAAGUUUGGCUUGGCCGCUUGUCGUUGCUCAAAGUCGCUCCGAAUGAAUGGAAGAUCUAUGACGAAUUCCAUUUCCGUGGACCUGCCGAAGCUUACAACAUUCCCUUGCUUCUUCCUGACAGACUUCCUUAACUGUGUUGUAUCUAAUUCAACGCACUUCUCAUGAUUUCACUCUUGUGUACGAAUGGCACGAUUCUCGUAGAAGCGCUGUCUUAGAACCCCAAUGACGUAAUGGUAACAAA